AUGUUAGUUUUCAAGAUAAUCACAAAAAACCAAGAGGUUCGCAGGCUACAAAAAAUANUAGACGAUGGCAAAAUCGUAACCAAACGCUUUUGCUACUACACCAACAAAUCGGAUCCCGUGGAGCUGUGCAAUGUGACGACCCCGGAGAAGAAUGUGCGGCGAAUAUUCUGCGAGGAUUGCCUGACUGAUCGCUGCAAUGGCGCCGCUGGCCUCGCAGCCAUCUUUGCGGCCAUUUUGUUGCCGGCCAUGGCACUGGCCAACCAGUUGGCCAACUAAGAUGGCCAUGUCCCUCGGUCGUAUCUCUAUUUUUAGUUAAAACGUGAUAUUUUAUUUAGCUAGCCCCACAGCUGAGCCAUUCGCUGAUUAACAUUAAAAUUUUACUUAGUUUAGUUAUAGGCGUAUUAUACUUUCGUAGUCCCUUGUAGUCCCCAUUUUAUGUUAGGUUUUAAUCUAUAAUUAUUUGAUUCGUUUAGUGAAUUACUUUAGGGUGCAUUUCAUGAUUUGCUUCAGUCGUUUUUAACCCAAACAACACUCCGAUAAAUAAAUUAGCCAAAUAGCUUAGCUUAACAAUCGAAUAUUAACUUCAACAACAGCAAGCCACGCUCUAUAAACGAUAAAGUACCACAAUAACAAUAAUAAUAAU